GGGGCGUGGCUUCGUCCAGGGUUUUCCUCAUGAGGCCGGGAGAAAAGGCGCGCUGCUAUUGGCUGGCGGAGGGAUGCCGGCCGAGCGCUGAUUGGCUGACGGGAUGAGUAGCUCGACCUGGCGAGAGGAGAAGGCGAAGGCGAAGAGAAAAGGAGAGGGAGAGGAGCAUCGUCGGAACCGAAACCCAGGAAACAAAAAAAAGAAUGGCAGACUUUCCUGAUGUGGGUUCUCUGGCUACAAAGCUAAAAAAUACCGUCAUCCAGUACUACAACAUUGAAGAGAGUGAGUGGAAAAUUGCUAAGAAAACAAAGGAUACAACAGUUUGGCGUAAACCUUCAGAAGAAUUCAGUGGGUGCCUCUACAAAACACAAGGAAUUGUAGAAGAUGUCACCAACAGAAUAGUAGAUCAUAUCCGCCCUGGACCUUAUCGACUACACUGGGACAGUCUGAUGACCACAAUGGAAAUUGUUGAUGAGUUUGAAGAGAGUUGCUGUCUAAUGCGUUAUACCACUGCUGGUCAGUUGUGGAACAUCAUUGCACCAAGAGAGUUCAUUGACUUCUCCUGCACAACAGACUAUGAAGAUGGGCUUCUCUCGUGUGGUAUCAGCUUGGAUUAUGGCGAAGUAAGACCGAAUUUUGUCAGAGGUUUUAACCACCCCUGUGGCUGGUUCUGUUUUCCACUCAAGGACAAUCCUAGACACAGCCUUUUGAUUGGCUUUAUCCAGACGGAUCUGCGUGGAAUGCUCCCCCAGUCUGCAGUGGACACAGCUAUGGCUAGUACACUAACUAACUUUUAUUCUGAUCUCAGGAAAGCUCUGAAAGCAUGAAUAUUUCAGCUCUGUGUGAUCCCUUGUUCUGCUCCAUACUGUAGAUCCUGUUCUGUUCCACACUGUAGCUAUUUCAAACUAGAGCUUAGGAGAAAUAAUUUUUGGACCUCAGAUCCAAAAACAGUAACUUUUUCUAAUUUCUUUUUGAAAUGGAUGUUUGAUUGGAAGUUUCCUGCAUGAAUAUAUUUCAUGUAUUCCAUACUGGUGCCAGUAGUCCCAUUUGCACAGGCCAGUUGGAAAUGUUUGCUCUGAUGUAAGACUUGUUGAGUUCCACUUCCAUGGGACUAAUUUCUUGGCAAGUCUGUUUUCCCCGUUUGGAUUGUAGUCCUGAAAAAUAAAACCACAUGAUGGUCCCAGAGAAUGCCUGGGAAAUACACAUGCCCUGAUGCAUGAUUAAGGUGUUCAUUACUGUUUUUCUAAAAUGCAUACCCUUUUUAAGCUGAAGUAGUAGAGUCGUGUUUUCAUUUUAUUCAUGUCAAAAUGAGCCCUGCUGGAUCAGAAAAAUGACCCAGCUGCCUUAGCAUCCUGUUUCCCACAGUGGUCAGCCAAAUACUUUGGCUUAAAUUCAAAACUAACUGGCCUAUGGCUCAAUCUUGAUGAUCUGUCAAUGGACAUGUAUUCUGGGUCAGCAGGGCUGAUAGCUUUUACAGAUUCCCUUGCUGGAUUGGGGUCUUUAAUUGACGACCUCAUCUUCAUGUCCACUUACUUACAAGAUUCAUACAUUGUGAGACAUCCACAGUGUGGGUAAAUGGUCAGAGGCUGCCAAAGUUACUUUUUGCGACUCUUAGCAUCUCCAGUAGAGUCCAAAAAGUAAUUGUUCCAAGCUGCUGGAUGCACAUAUUUCCCUGCAUUGCACUAUACACAGGAAUGUGUACUAUCAGCUGCUGCCUUGGGCUGCACAUGUGUUGUUAGUGGUGAUUUUAUCUGGAUUAGGAUACAGGUAUGUUCACAGUCUUAGGAAACAAAUGACACAGAUGAAGUCUAGUGUUGCAAAAAGCUGAAUGAGCACAAAAGUUUUGAUGAUCUUGAUACAUUCAGUAAUUUUCAAUUUAGUUAAAAUAUAUUGUUAAUUUUAAAGUUACAAAGAAAUUUGCAUUUAGGAUGCUUAUUUAGGAUCUUGAGCAUUAUACACAGUUUGUAUAAUUGAACUUUUGAAUUGUUAAAAUUUCUCCUUCAUUUGAUAAUUUCUGAAUGUUACAUUUAUUAUAGGAAUAUAAAAUACCUUUGCGAACUAUACAUUUCAGGAUCAAAUGCUGAUGUUUGCAAAAGAAUUUUAAAAAUAUUGCACCCGUACGCCAUGUUUUCAUACCGAAGUGUAUAUAGGGUGUGAAGUGUAUAUAGGCUUCACUUUUAUCCCAGAGCAGGAGUGGGUGGCAAAAUAUGUUUGAAAAUUUCCUCGGACUAACUUGAGGUUGUGCUUUUGAACAGUGCAGGACCCUUGAUCGAGGGGAGUAUACAAGUAGCAAUUUUCAGGUAGAAAACAAAGAAACUUAUAAGCACUGCUCUGUAGAGUUUGCCAAAAUGGAUUGUGCUUGUAAACAUUGAUUGCUAGGAUUUAAAGUGAAUGCUGUUGAGACAGAAGUUGAGAGGAAUCUUUUAUUUGCAAUCAUACUGUAAAGCAAAUUAGUGUCCUUCAUUAAAUAGGAGCUUCCACACCAUGCAGUGUCAUCCAUAGCACAUGCAACUGGAAUAUAGAUAGGCUCACCUCAUAGCCCUCAGUGCUUGCUCCAGUUUUCAAACAGAACAGGGAAUACAGUUGGAGUCUUGUAAUACCCCUCUCAGUCGCUGGAGCCCUUCCCAACAUAUCCUGUGGUGGUGACUGUUCUAGUAGAAAGACUAGAAUUCUAUUUUACAUGAAAUUGGACUGAAAUAAAAUCACUUGACUAAACAAGACAUCACUUGACUAAACAAUAUGAAUGUCUAUUUACUUCAGAGAGAUUCUAAAGAUCCAUUUGUGGGAAGGAUUUAUGAAGCAUGUGUGCAUUUCUUUUUUGUGAGGGAGAUUAGAAGAAUAGAAAGAGCAUGUUGGUAUACAUAAAUAGCCAGAGUCCUAAUGUUAAAAUUUUCAACUUUAUGAAGUUGAAGAGGGUCAUGGAGUAGUUUUAUGGCUAUGAUAACUUUUAAAACACUAAAAUCUAUAAGUGUGGGUGUGUGAGAGAAAGAGAAACAUACAUAUUAUUAUGGUGUGAGGACUGACCCCCUCACACCUUAAUUUCCCCAAUGGCAGUGUUGCCAAAGAAUUA